AUGGAGACUCAGCAGCGUAAGCGUGUGGCCAUCAGUUCAACCUUCUUCCCUGUUGACGAGAGUCUGUUGCCUCAAUUGAACCUCACACCUGCACAGCACGAGGAGCUUCAUGGAUAUGCAGUGCAAGCAGCUCUAGAUGCAAUUCGUGACGGACCGACGUGGGGACGUUCCAACAUCGAGCGCGCCGUAUCGAGCGGCUGGAAAGUGCUCUCCGCUCGACCGACAGCGUGCUUUAUGGCCAAGAAACAAAAUAAAGAGAGGAAGGGCAGGAAGCAAGUAGUAGCUAAUGCACAACAACAAGAGGGUGGACAGCAACAGCAGGAAGACGAUAAACGGGUUGCGCCACCAACUCCACACGUCACGAUCCCAGGUGUCACGAGUCUUGGCAGCUUCCACAGCACUAAUAACGUCAUCCGGAACCCAAUGCCUUCUCAACCGUUUGCAUCAGUGCCGUUUGAAGCUGCUAGCGGACAGCAUUUCAUGGCUCACGCCGUUCUUCCCAACUCACUGGAGGACGUCAUGAACAUGCUGUACUGUGAACACACACACGAAAUGCGAGCAACGAUGAGGAAAGUAUACGGUGAAGCAGUACUGGAUUGUUGUGUCUUGCAGACUCUUGAGGGUGCUACACUCGAGGAUCCGUUCUGGUACCUUGGACUCAAGUGGUUGGCAGUGCGCUCCCCGGUGCAAGCCUUCAUGGCAAGUCGCGAGUUUGUCUUCCUCGAACAUCUAGGCACACACGUAGAUCCGGAAACAGGACGUCGGAUGCUGUAUCGAGUGACUCAGUCGGUACAUAUCAGGGGAUACGGCGGCCAAGACUCGUACUUUGGUCUUACGCGGGGACACGUUGAAGCUGCUUUCGUGUACUGGAUGGACGAUGAAAAUGAAGUAAUAAACCCCUUGCUGCACGUAUGUGCUAAGGGUCGAAUUCACGUGAAGGGUAGCAUGCCAGACAUUCUCGUGUACAGAUAUCUCAAGGCAUUCUGGCGUUCGGAGCGCUCCAUUUUCCCUGCUUGCAUGUCGUUCGGAUCAUCGCUGGGUAUCGCUAUUAGUAGUGACAGCGCAGAUCAAGCGCUUGCGAGGGCAUCGAAAAAGAAGAAGAAGAAGAAAAAGUCAAGACGACGCAAAAUACCAAGUGGUCCACCACUUGAGAUGACACAAGAGUGGGUAGCUGAUGAACUCCGUCCACACUGCUCGGUGUGCAACAAGAAGUUUCGUCUCGUUCGGCGCUUUAAGCACCAUUGUCGUGUCUGUGGUGAAAUCAUGUGCCGCGAGUGCAUGUUCCACCACCGAGUUAAUGUCCGCGCUGCUCAAAGCUUUCGCGGCUUGAGAGGGACUGUAAAAACACCCGUGGACCUAAUCGCAGAUGCGAAAGCAGCUGAGCAUGAAGACGCGCCAAUCAACUUUGAAGAGACUAUGACGUGUAGCUUCGACAAGCAGGUGGGGGAGGAGGACAGCAAAGACGGAAGGUUUGACGCGAGUCUUAAUCUGAUGAAUGCAAGGAAGUUAGUCGACGGAUCCGCGGAGACGGCCGUACUUGGGGGUGGUGCUGUGGUAUACGUGAUGAUAGCAAAGGUCUGUCUCCGCUGUCUACAGAGUGUCCCACUUGUUAACCGAUCCAAGAAUAAAUCUACCAAGCGACGAAGACACAGCGAUAUGGAACCCUCCAUUGCUGACGGCAAUGGAAUACUUGACUUGAAUGAGUAUUCUCAUCUGCGAUCGCAAACCUGGACACCGGACGACAUGGAAAUAGAGGAGCUUGACGGACUUGAUGACGACGAAGCGCAAAUGUUUGGAGGUGAACUAGACCUUCCGAUGUUGGUGGUGGAUGAUACGGAUGCCGAAAGCGUCGAUGGUCUUGCGGAAAUGAAGAGAAGACCAGGCUCGAAUGCGUUUGACACAAGACCUGGGUCGUCGAUGUUUGCGCGGCCUGGUUCGUACGCUCAGGAGUGGAAUGGACACGAGGAUGGUGGAUUAGAUAGUCAUGCUAAUCAUGAGCGUGUGAUGAUCCUCUCGCCUCACGCACUGUCAACUUCCUCAUCUCUUACGUCUUUACAGAUGUAUGAGCUCGCGAAAAAAGAUGAAAACAGCAACGACAGUGGUGGUCUCUUGGAACGCAACUCGAGCCAACACAGAUCCGACGUCCAGAGUAGCAUUGACAGUGAUGACAACGACUCGAUUCAGUUUUACCCCACGCAGACCAACCGAGUACUGGACGUUGAGGAACCAAAACCAGUGCUUAAUAGCUUCUGUGAGCUGAAUGAUGAAGAAAAAAACGAACUCGCUGUUAGCGCGGGAGUAGCUAGGGCUGCCGUCAGGGCUACCGAGAAAGUGUUGCGCCGAAUGCGUGACUUACAAGACGAUGCCUUGUAUCAAAACCGACGAAUCCCAUCGCCAUCUGCAUCGACAACUUCGCUGUGUAGUGAAGAUGAAGAAGACGAGUGCACCGAAAUUGAUAAACCGAUGCGAGACCUUCGUCAAGCGCUCGCACAAGUUGAGAGCUCGCUAGCAGACCAAGCUCGUAUCCUGUGCACCAUUGAACAGGAACGCAAGAAGGAAGCAGCAACCUCUUCUAUUUUUGCAGCAGCAGCUCCAUCAAAAGCGUAA